UUGAAAAUACUCUGCCCGUACCGUUUCCGGUCACCGUGUCUGACUUGACUGCAGGUCUGAGCUGCAGCAACAUCAAUAGCAGCGUUCAUAGUAGCGCUGCUGCUGCUGCUGGAUCCUCCGGGGAGGACUGAGGGCUCGGACCGUGUUUCUGUCAGCAUGCCGUCACAUUAAACACCUUUCUGCCUCUCUUUGACUCCGUCCCGCCGUGUGUGAGGAGCGGGUCCUGCUGGAGGAGCUUCACAGAUCAGGAAGGAGGUGACAUGCCCUUCGCUGCUUGGCGCAGUCAGUGCGCUGAUCGCUGUCAGACGGGGACGAGGUAAAGACCGGAAUGGUGCAUUUAAAUUGUUCUUUUUAACGCCGAAGAAGCCGGUGUCUGUUUUUGGAUUAUUUCCCGGGAGUUAUAACGACAUUACAUGCCCGAUCUAUGAGCCGGAGUGACGGAGACAUGCAGCUCAGCGGGUGUUUGUCUGCAGGUGGAUGGCCAACCUGACGGUCCCAGCCGCCGCGUCCCUCCCGUUCAGCCGCCGCUGCAGCAGCAGCAGCAGGUCUGGCGUCAUCUGGAGCUGUGAAACAAUACAAACUGAAACCAGAGAGAUCAGACUACUAAACAGGAGCCAUGCUUCCAGGGGUCGGCGUGUUCGGCACCAGCCUGACCGCCAGGGUGAUCAUCCCGCUGCUGAAGAAUGAGGGCUUCGCCGUCAAAGCGCUGUGGGGCCGGACGCAGGAGGAGGCGGAGGAGCUGGCCAAGGAGAUGAACGUACCUUUUUACACCAACCGGAUCGACGACGUGCUGCUGCAUCAGGAUGUGGAUCUGGUCUGCAUCAACCUGCCACCGCCUCUGACGCGGCAGAUCGCAGUCAAAACACUGGGUAUUGGGAAGAACGUCAUCUGUGACAGGACAGCAACGCCUCUGGAUGCCUUCCGAAUGAUGUCAGCGGCCCAGUACUACCCCAAGUUGCUGAGCAUUAUGGGAAAUGUGCUGCGUUUCUUGCCGGCUUUCGUUCGAAUGAAGGAGCUGUUAGAGGAAGGCUACAUCGGGGAGCUUCUGGUCUGUGAGGCCCAGGUCCACAGCGGAAGUCUCCUGGGGAAGAAAUACAACUGGAGCUGCGAUGACCUGAUGGGAGGUGGCGGUCUGCACUCGGUGGGCAGUUACAUUAUCGACCUACUGACGUUUCUGACCGGUCAGCGUGCAGCAAAAGUCCACGGCUUUCUCAAGACCUUUGUCAAACAAACGGAUCACAUCCGGGGGAUCCGCCAGAUCACCAGCGACGACUUCUGCACGUUCCAGAUGGUGCUGGAGGGGGGCGCCUGCUGCACCGUCACGCUCAACUUCAACGUGCCGGGAGAGUUCCGGCAGGAGGUGAUCGUUGUGGGGACAGUGGGGAGGUUAACGGUCACAGGGACCGACCUGUACGGACAGAAGAACAGCGGUGGCGGAGGAAGUGGCGGAGGUCCCGAACUCCUGCUCAAAGACACCACGCCUCUAGAGAAGGCUUCCUUACCGGAGAAGGCCUUCAGUGACAUUCCGUCCCCGUAUCUCACCGGAACGAUCCGCAUGAUCCAGGCUGUGCGGCAGGCCUUUCAGGACCAGGACGACAGGAGGACGUGGGACGGGAGGCCUCUGACAAUGGCCGCUACCUUUGAGGAUUGUCUUUAUGCUCUUUGCGUUGUGGAUACCAUCAAGAAAUCCAACCAGUGUGGCGAGUGGCAGAACAUUGUGGUGAUGACGGAGGAACCGGAGAUCAGCCCGGCGUAUUUGAUCAGCGAGGCCAUGCGGCGGAGUAGGAUGUCGCUUUACUGUUAGCAUCAGGAUGUUGUUGGAACUUUUACAGCUUCCGGUUCAGUUCUUUACUUCAUCACCCGUUCAUUUUUUCAAACUGUAUUACUGUUACAGAAAGAGAGGUUACACCACUAUGAUUCGGAGCGUUACGGUUUCCUGCCUCAGCCGAAAAGGAAAACCAAUGUGAUCAAUAAUCAAACUUUUAUUUAUAAGGAAGCCUUUCCUGUUUUCCCUUCUGACAGAAGACUUGAGUCCUUCCAGGAAGAUGCACUUGUAAAUCAAUCAAACUGGUAUAGUUCUACAGUGGAGGCGGGUCAGGGAGUGAAACUAAAGCUACUGUGUUCUGCUUGACCAUAAGGGUAUUGUAUCGCCUCUCAUCCCUGCUUCCCUUCUAUAAUAUGACUUGGUCUGGAAGACUACACCUUACACUGUGGGUCCAAGCGAGGACAGCCAAGGAAGAACGAGAGUCCUCUCAGUUAAAACUGUGCCGCUGUAUUGUUGCUAUAGUCUGAAAUACUUGCUAGUUUUACCAAGUGAAUGUUUUAAAAAAAAUCAGUGUGCUUGAUAGCUUCAGUCUGUUUCUGCUCUGUAUGCUUCCUCUGUGUGUGUGAAACAAGAGAGAAAAGAAAUCAAUAGUUUGGCUGGUGGGUUUCUCAGAGGGGGUUUACCUUCUGGUUAAUGUAUGCAAUAUAAACCCAGGCUGUAGCAGUAAUACUUUCAGUCUGGAGUAAAGGGUUAAAUACACUAUGGUAUGCCUUUAUGCAGUUACAGUAGCCUGUGCAUCCGUUUACGAGUCCUGUAUGAGUGGCCAGUGCAGUGAUGUGCUUAUUUAUUUAUCUUUUUCUAUUCUUAUGCAGCAUGGCCAUGAAAUACACUGAAUACUGUGGUGUGUGCAUAUCUGUACUGAGCCUUACAUGUGGAUUAUUAAUACAGCCCUGCACUAAGUCAAUGCUGAGCAGUGUGGGGGUUUUAUCCCAGCAUUGCAUUGCAAUCAGCCACACUUGCAUCAAGCUAUUGUGAUUUAGCAUUUAGCAUGCUCUAUAAAGCUUCUUUAACAUGCACAGUGAAAUGCAGGUUUGUCAGUAUGUAUCACAUGCAAGUUCAGUCUGGACCCACACCUACAGUAAGGCUAGAAACUGAACUGUGCAGCACAGUGUGGUGGAUAGUGGAAUAGAUAAGAAUUUAUUUCAGUUUCAAUUAGGUUUUAAAGUGACAGUUCACCCCCAAAUUAAAAAAUACAUGUUUUUCCUCUUCCCUGUAGUACUAUUUAAAGUUAGAAAAAUAGCAUAGCAGGUAGGAGUACACAUUGUAUUUUUGAUUUUGGUGUGUCCUGUCCCUUUAAGGCUUGUGUUAUUCCGUGUUCCCAUGAACAUGGUAUCUACACUGUCUGCCAGGCCCUUUGAUUCUUAUUAAAUCUGCACCAAUCACAGUUUCUAAGGACGAUGAGUCAGAUAACUAUGAUUAAUGUGAAAGGUGUCACUUGUAGUAAUCAGCCCACAGAUAAUUAUUACCUGAUAUAGUUCCCCUCAACUCUACAAAGUGUCACAUUUUAGCUUGUUGUUUGGGUUUUAAGGCCCAUUUAUGCUGUUUUGGUUCAUUUUCAUUCCUCUCACCACCUUUGUUUUCAGCCAUUGCAGGCAAGGGCAAAAAUGUCUGAUACACCCACAGCACGCUACUUUACAGCACCAAAGACCGACGGACAAAAUUAGUGAUAAGACAGUGACUAUAUUGCAGCAUUUAGCAGCUAAAGAGCUAGAUAUUUCACCCCAGGAAACAAAUGCACAGUUCACACUCUACACUUUUAUCGUGGAUUUUCCACUUUCUGACAGUAGAGCUCAGUAUAAGACACAGAAGGCUGUAAAAGAGGGUCAGUAUCUGACUAGUUGGGAGUGAAACUGGGCUGUGCUUAUGCAUUCCAGAUAUCUAGCAGGCUAAAUAUCUGGAUCCGUCAGGGAACUACAGCCAAUAAGAGCACAAGACUGUUGAGUUGAGGGAAAACUUUACUGUGUGUUUUACAUUUGCAACACAAACUAAAGUUGUUGUCCUCUGAGAGAAAACAGGCUAUAAAUACUAAAGAUGUGCAGAAACAGGCUAUUUUAUGAACAUGUGUUCAAACGACCAACAAGAGACGACAAGCAAGCCCUUUUCAUAGUGCAGUCUGAACGAGGUGGGAGGAGACAAUAGUGACCUGCGACAGAGCAGCAGCAGUGCUGCGCAGUAGCACAAUGCUAAUAAGCUACACAGUUAGCUCUGUAGCAGUGAGUGUAUGUGCUGCAGCAGGAUGUGUUCACUUAGCAGCCUCCGUUUGUUUACAACAAGCACCGGAAACUCUGUGCACAAUUAGCGAUGCCGGUUUGUUUACGAUAGGCAGCGGACACCAUGAGUACAGUUAGCAUGCUGGUUUGUUUACAAUAAGCGGCGGACGCUAUGCACAGUUAGCGACCGCAGUUGUUGUGCAGCUGCUAAACAGUGAUUCGACUGUCGGACCAAGUGGGAGGUGUUAGACGUCACGUGCAUUGUCAAAUAUUCCGCCUUCCCGGGAUGGCCCGUUCAUAGUGGUCCCGCUUCCAACAGUCCCACCAAUUUUCCGCCUCUGUGCUUACCUCUGGAGGCGGAAAAUUGGUGGAUCAUUUGAUCCCAGCAUCCCGCUUCGGGUGCAUUCAUAGUGCAGGCGAGACGUUACAGAGCCGUAAAUGUCCCGGCAUCAAACAGCACCAUGAAAGGAGCUAAAGUCGUGUAGUGUGAACCAGACAUGAAUACUGGACUUGCAUUCAUCAGGCGGCCAGAAACAUGACCCCAAAUAAUGCCACUGUUACUCCUUGUCUGCUGGAUGUGUGAAUUGGCCAUUUUUUUCUUAAAUGUUAGCUUUAAAAACAGGUCACAGGUUUUUGACUUUAAAAAGACUAAUUUCCCAAAACAGAUGUCACAGUCUAGGUACUAUACAGUUAUAUUACUCAUACAAAAGUGACAAGAGCUUUUGUUGGGGACUAGUUUCAGUAAUUGAAUCACGCACAUUAAUUUUUCUGGAAUGAAAAAGGUAGAAUAUCACCAUCCUUACCUUUUCAAGCAUUAGUUGUUAUGAGUGCAGCUGAACAUUUAGACCAUCAGUGCAAGAGGAUUGAAGUAGAAGUAUUUGUAUCAUUUUUGCAAAUAUUAUGUCAGAAAAUCCAACUGCUCGUUGUGUUUUACUCCCUGUCAGUCACAUGAGAAAGCAUAUUUGCAAAUAAACUUUGACUUAAAGUUUGAUAUCAGUCAAUAAAGGCGGAAUAACAGCACCGACCUACAAGCCAAAAGAUUGAUUUUUUUUAUGCAUCUCUGUUCCCCUGUGUGGUUUCAAGUUCUUAAACUGUGCUGAAAUACUAUCUAUGUAACGACUACUGAAAAUGUACAUAUGAAAAUAUUAUAAAACAACAAUAUGCGUUUGUCUAAAGAAAUAAACAAGUACUGUAUGUAUUUAAUUUGUAAAAACCAAGGAACUGAAACAUG